AUGGAAGAUAGAAAAAAGAAACCGCGCUUUAGUGAAAAAGAACUUGAAAUAUUAGUUAAAGAAGGCUCAGAUAUCAUCAACUCAAAAUUCAGUGACAUGAUCAACAAUACAGAGAAAAAACAAGUAACUGUCGAAGAAAUUAAAAAGAAGUGGGAUGAUGUGAAGAGGGGUACAAAGAAGAGAGCUUCUGCCGUCCAGAAAGAAAGUUGUAAGACGGGGAGUGGAAAAUUGGAGAUUAUACCUUUAAGCCCAAUAGAAGAAGAUAUUGUGUCUGUAAUGGGAGAGGAGAGAAUUUUUGGAUUCAGCCCGUAUGUAGACACCAUGAUUCCACCUUCUGAAUUCUUUUAUACGUCUUCACAGCACAGAAUACUCAGUCUGAGGGCGAUGUAA